UGGGUAACCUUUCGGGGGCGAGAAAAGGGAGUCUUCGUCUCGACGGGUACGGAUCGUAUAAUUUAACUCCAGACUGUCUCUCGAGUCGUUUCGCAGUCUGUCGCGAGAUUUUCGCUGGACAAAAUUGUUGAGCACAGUCUUGAUCAACCGAAGUCCCAAAUCAACAGAAUGGCACCACUAGCUCCAGUUCAACGGUUUAUCCAACAUGGUGCGCAUAAAGGCAAAGGUAUUGCCGUCUUCACCAGUGGUGGAGAUUCGCAGGGCAUGAAUGCGGCCGUCCGUGCCGUUGUCCGAAUGGGCAUUUACGUCGGAUGUAAGGUCUACUUCAUCCGCGAGGGUUACCAGGGCAUGGUCGAUGGCGGUGACAACAUCGUGGAAGCCAACUGGGCCUCGGUAUCCAGUAUUAUCCAUCGCGGUGGUACCGUCAUCGGUUCUGCCCGCUGCAUGGACUUCAAGGAACGAGCCGGUCGUUUGAAGGCCGCCCUCAACCUGGUCACCCGUGGAAUCACCAACCUGGUGGUGAUCGGUGGUGACGGUUCGCUGACUGGCGCCAACCUGUUCCGACAGGAAUGGUCCAGUUUACUGGACGAACUGCUGUCAACGGGUAAGAUCACUCAGGACCAGCGCACCAAGAACAAGAGCUUGCACAUUGCCGGCAUGGUCGGUUCGAUCGAUAACGACUUCUGCGGUACGGAUAUGACCAUCGGUACGGAUUCGGCUCUGCACAGGAUCAUCGAAGCUAUUGAUGCCAUCGUUAGUACUGCCUACUCUCACCAGAGAACCUUCAUUAUGGAGGUCAUGGGCAGACACUGUGGUUACUUGGCCAUUAUGGCCGCGUUAGCAUGCGAAGCGGACUUUGUGUUCAUACCGGAAGAUCCAGUCCCGAACAAUUGGCCCGAAAAGUUGUGUAAAAAAAUCCUACAGGAGCGCUCCGCCGGUCAAAGAUUGAACAUUAUCAUCGUAUCGGAGGGUGCCAUCGAUCGCGAGGGUCAGCCCAUCACGGCCGAAAAGGUCAAACAGGUGGUGGUCGACAAGCUGCACCAGGACACCAGGAUUACGGUGCUGGGUCAUGUGCAGCGCGGAGGUAACCCGAGUGCGUUCGAUCGCGUACUGGGUUGCCGCAUGGGUGCUGAAGCAGUGCUGGCGCUGAUGGAAGCGGACGACAAAACCGAACCGUGCGUCGUAUCGUUGGACGGAAACCAAGCCGUGCGAGUCCCACUCAUGGAAUGUGUCCAGCGCACCAAAGCCGUCGCCCAAGCCAUGGCUGACAAAAACUGGGAAAUGGCCGUUGAACUUCGUGGUCGCUCCUUCGCCAGAAACUUGGAGACCUACAAGAUGUUGACCCGCCUGAAGCCACCGAAGGAGGCUUUCGAUUCCCAAGGUCGUGGAGUCGGUGGAUACACCAUGGCCGUGAUGCACAUUGGUGCCCCAGCUUGCGGUAUGAACGCUGCUGUUCGAUCAUUCGUGAGGAACUGUAUCUACCGAGGUGACUCCGUGAUGGGUAUUCACGACGGUAUCGAAGGUUUGGUUGCCGGAAACAUCAAGAACAUGGGAUGGUCCGACGUGACUGGCUGGGUCGGACAGGGUGGUGCUUUCCUAGGUACCAAGCGUACCCUUCCAGAGGGAAAAUUCAAGGAAGUUGCAGCCCGUCUGAAGGAACAUGGCAUCCAGGCCCUUCUCAUCAUCGGCGGAUUUGAAGCCUACCAUGCUGCUGGACAGUUGGCAGAUCAACGCGAUAACUACAAGGAGUUCUGCAUCCCUAUCGUGGUUAUUCCAUCGACCAUUUCCAACAACGUUCCUGGAACAGAGUUCUCUCUAGGUGCCGAUACCGGUCUGAAUGAAAUCACCGAGAUUUGUGACCGCAUCCGUCAAUCGGCUCAGGGUACUAAACGCCGUGUCUUCGUUAUUGAAACUAUGGGCGGCUACUGCGGUUACUUGGCUACCUUAUCGGGUUUGGCUGGUGGUGCCGAUGCUGCCUACAUCUACGAGGAGAAGUUCUCCAUCAAGGACUUGCAGCAGGAUGUGUACCACAUGGCAUCGAAGAUGAGCGACGGCGUUCAACGUGGUUUGAUUCUGCGUAAUGAGAAGGCUUCCGACAACUACAACACCGAGUUCAUCUACCGUUUGUACUCGGAGGAAGGCAAGGGAUUGUUCUCCACCCGAAUGAAUGUGCUGGGUCACAUGCAACAGGGUGGCUCACCGACGCCCUUCGAUCGUAACAUGGGUACCAAGAUGGCGGCCAAGUGCGUUGAGUGGCUGGUGGAGCAGCUGAAGGCCAACACCCAACCCGACGGUAGCAUCUGCGCCAAGAGUCCCGAUACGGCCUGCCUGUUGGGAUUGGUUCGCCGUCAGUACAAAUUCUCGCCCCUCAAGGACCUGAUCGCGGAGACCAACUUCGAACAACGCAUCCCCAAGCAGCAAUGGUGGCUGAAGCUGCGCCCACUGUUGAGAAUCCUGGCCAAGCACGACUCCACCUACGAGGAGGAAGGCCUCUACAUAACUGUCGACGAAGAGAUGUCCACCGAUUCACCGGUCGCCUAAGGUGAUGCUGAAAAACAAAAAUCAAACCAACAAAAAUCCGAAAGUUGUUAGUGUAGUUUUAUUAUGUACAUCAAGAAAAGGUAUUAGACUGUCCCUGAUCAUGUACCAGUUGCUCCUCUUCUAACUUCAUCAGACUCUCAAGAACAAUGUGAAACCCAAAGAAAAAUACCUCAUGGUUGAUUGCCAGCAACUCAAAAGUGGAGAGGUAAAGUAGUAGCCUAACGCUAAAGUGUGAAAAUUGUUAUCAUUGUGCUCCCAGUGGAUCAUUAGUUAAUACUCUUAUCAAAAUGGAUGAACAAAAUGCAGGAAAGGAAGUUAUUCAGUAGAAUUUGAACUUUAAGCCCUUAGAUCCGAUGCCAGUUUUAAAUUUAAAUUUUAAUAGUUUAAUUAGUUGUUACUUGAUCGUCGUGCUAGCAAAGGAAACCCAUCUGUAUCAUGACAACAAGAUAUCCAGACUUCAAAGAGGCACGCUAAUCUCAUUGUUUUUUAAUCUGUUUUUAUUGAAAUUCGGUUCUAACUUAUUUCGAUCUGUUUAGCCAUUGAGAGGAAAAAAAUAUUUAUUCGAUCGCCUAUUGCGUUAUUUACUUCAAACGUCAACAAUUGUAAGUAUUAUUUAGUUUUUUUUCUCAGAUAUAGCACAUUCACUUGAAGCUAUGAAAUAGAUAAAAAUGAGUAUGCAAAAAGCCUUAUGUAUCAUUUUAAAAAGGGCCUGUAUAUUUGAAAGAAAAUUACCACAUACAGAGAACACAAAAUAAAUCAGACUUGUUGCAGCAUGA